AUGGAGGAAUCUCUCAUCCUUAAUACCCAAUUGCAAGCCAUCCCUGAACCCAACUCGCCCAUCCAUUCCCUCCCUCCUGAAAUCCUUUCUAAAAUAUUCCUCCUCACAUUCAAAAACGAUCUAUAUUCCAUUCUCGCAACUGGGGGUCCCUGGCUACUGGGAAGAGUCUGCUGCCAGUGGCGAGAUAUCACUUGGUGCUAUCCUGCACUGUGGUCAUCUUUUAAAGUUGACUUGCCAGAGCGGCAGUGGAGAACAGAGCGGCCGGGCAUCGAAGUAUGGAUGUUCCAGGAAGCGCUACACUGGACCAGGCAGAGUGGACUGUACAUGGAUAUUGAUGUGAGUAUACUUUGCCAUGAUCAUGCCAAUGCCAUCACCCAGACAUUGUUGCAGCAUGCACCACAAUGGGAAAACAUCAGACUCUCAGGCCAUAUGGUUGAUCUUUGGGCCUGCCGAUGGUCACGAUUUACUGAUUCCUCUCCUGCCCAUUUUCCCUUACUGAAGUCACUUCACCUGGAUGCUCAUUUUCCCAAGAGUCUCCAUGCCACCCUCAGCUUAUUUAACCAUGCACCCAUCCUCAGACACCUCCGAUUUAUAGUUCUAGCACCCCUUCUGUUACAAUUUCAUCCAGACAAAAUGCCCUUUCCCUGGUCACAUCUCACACACUUGCACUUGUCUGUCUUUGAGAGCGAUGGUGUCACCCCAUGGGGGCCCAUCAUCAAGGUUCUCCAUCUCUGUACAAACCUUGAAGAAUUAACUGAGCAGAGUGCACUCUGCUUGGAGCAAGAUCCCAUUUCCCCGCUGACGCUCCAGAAGCUCUGUUCAUUGACUGUCAAAUCGUUUCGCUUACUCCAAUGCCUUGUCUAUCCCAUAUUGGAAUACCUAUUAUUCACCAUGCCCCCUGAGGAACCUGGGCCAUCAGGUUCGCUCCCAUUAUUUCAUCAAUUCUUUGAGUGUUCUGGGAGUCAGCUGCAGACUCUUGACAUCUGCAUAAUGGGGGAUUCCAUGGACCCUGUUCAACUAUUCUCAUACCUUCCCCGGCUUCACAAAUUGCAUCUCUUCUUUCCAGAUGACAAUGACAAGGAUCCGUCGAGGUUUUUCAAGUGCCUCGGUGAUACAAGUGCAGUGCUCCCCAGUUUGUCUGACCUUGGACUGCAUGUAGGCAAGAUAUUCACAUGGGAUGAGUUGUUGGUCAGAAUUAUCGCUAAGUGGUGGCGAGAUUCAGGGCUGUCUCAGGUUUGCAUCCAAUGCGAUGAAGCUUGUGUAGGGGUGAAUGGUGACCAGGCUGCUCAAAACUUGAUGUGCUUCAAUCGUCUGAAAUUGUUGAAAGCAGAAGGAUUGGAUAUCUCCAUCUUGGUUAAAGGAGGUACUAAGAUUUGGUAUGACCUGCUUGAAGAUGGUGCUCAUAACAAUGUUCUAUAUUCCACUGUCCAUUAA